UAGACAAAAGGACAAGAAUGAAACUUAAAAGGCUGCCAAGAGACCUGCAGCAACAUUAAAGGGGCUGUAGAAAUAUCUGUCAAGUACUGGGCACCCCUUACAUGUGACAAGGAGAAUUCUUCAAAUGUCUGGGCUGUGGGGUAGAAUGGAUAGAUGGAAGCCCUUUUUCAUGAAAAAUAAUCUGAGUACACAUAAAACACCACAAACCAUUUGGCAAUAUGUAUUAUGAUAUGAUGAGACCAAUGUGAUGAGAACACCAUACUCAUGGAGUAGCAUGGUGGUGGCAGCAUCAUGCUAAUGGGCUGCUUGUCCUCACCUAGGACUGGGGCAUUAGUCAAGCUAGAUUGAUGUUUUGUGCAUGCUGAAAUGUUGUUCUGCUCACCACGGUUGUAAAAGAAUGAUUAUAUGAGUUACUAUAUCCUUCCUGGCAGCACAAACCAAUCUUGCCAUUUUUCUUAGACCUCUCUUAUCAACAAGGCAUUUUCACCCACAGAACUGUCACUGUCACUUUUUUUUUUUUGUUUUUUUUUGCAACAUUUUGUGUAAACUCUAGAGACUGUUGUAUGUGAAAAUCCCAGGAGAUUUCUGAAAUACUCAUACCAUCCGAUCUUAUUCCAACAACCAUGACUUUACAUUCCUCUAGCAUCUACCUGAUGGUAGGACUGUAAACAGGCUUUGUUGGGGAUAGGCUCUGUCCAUAAUGAUAUUGUGGGCUCUCCUGGUGAGCCUGGUGUUAUGAAUGUCCUCCAGUGAUGGGUAGGCAGCUCCUGUGAGGGUUGGAGCAGUUCUAACCACUCGCUGAAGAACUUUGCGGUCCUGAGCAGAGCAGCUUCCAAACCAGACUGAAAUGCUACUGGUGGAGAUGCUCUCAAUGGUACCCCUGUAGAAAUUGCUAAGAAUUUUGGCUGGCAUGUCAAAUUAUAGCCUAAAGCCUAAUAAAAUUUAUGCAAAGAAAGUCCCUGUAGCUGUUAUCAAUCUGAAAAGGCAAAUCAUGAUUCAUAUUACAAUAGCAGCACCCAAAUGUUUUUCAUGCAUCACAUAAAUCUUAUUACCAUAUUGUCACAAUCGGCUGUUGUGAAAUACAUACAUGUACAUUUAUUUACAGCACAGAGAAAUAUCUGCUUUAAAAUGAUAUCCAGUAUAUAAACAACCCCACAACACACUGAUUAUAUGAUUUUAUGUGCAGUAAUAUGAAGUGUGUGUGUGUGUGUGUGAUAAUCUUUCUAACUGCAGGCGUCCAACUGUUCAGAUAUCACCACUCUACUGUUGAAACAAUACCUCUCACCCAUGUAUGCUACGGAGUUUGCAAUUGGCUUCCUCUUCAAUCUGUUUGUGAUCCUGUUCUAUGUGUUCUGCCUGCCUUCUUGGAAAUCUAUAAAUGUGUACAUGUUUAAUCUGGCGAUUUCUGACUUCAUCUGCCUGAGCACCUUACCAGUGUUGAGCUACAACUACAUGAACAACCAAGACUUCCCCCCUGUAGGCUGUGUGGUUACUCGCUACAUCCUGCAUGUUAACCUGUAUUCCAGCAUCCUCUUCAUGAUGUGGGUGGGUGUGGACCGAUUAUUACUGCUGUGGUACCCACAACGCAACCACAUCCUGUUGACUUGGAAGGCCUCGUUGUUUGUCAGUUUCCUGAACUGGAUUUGGGUGACAGCUGAGAUCGGUCCUCUCAUCAGCUUUGUUAUCAAUGACCUAAAGAAAAACAACUGGACCAAGUGUAAUGAUUUUGCCAGCAUGUACCAGACCGACUCUGUUCUGACCUACAGCUUGUUGCUCACCACCAUAGGAUAUGUGCUGCCAAUGUUGACCUUGUGUCUGUUAUCCAGUAGGAUGGUUUCUCUGCUCAAGAAGAGAGAGGAAGUGCUCGGGACAUCCUUCCAAAGGCCAGUGAGCAUCAUGAAGGCUGCGGCGCUCAUGUUGCUUGUGUUUUACACGCCAUUACACGUGAUGAGGAACAUACGCCUCGUAUCACAGCUGCCUUCAUUGGAACUGUUGCAGUGCACAAAGGCCUAUAUCGAGGCUGUGUACAUAAUAACACGACCGAUUGCAUUUGCUCAUAGUGUCAUAAACCCUGUGUUUUAUGUCCUAAUGACGGACAGGUUUAAAGAGGUCCUGCAGGACAAGUGGAAUCAGUUUAGAAGGUUGGCAAAGCUUAGAAGAUUGUCAUAAGCAAAUCUCAAUAAAAAAUAACUGCCGUUCAA